AUGCCAAACAUAAACUCUUCCUUCUGGAUGCAAAGAGAAGGUAACAGACCUGACUUACUCUGCGGGCGCUCAGCCACCUACACCGUUGUAAAUGGGCAUUUCCUGACACUUGUGUGCUCCAUUGUUGUUUUGGGAGGAUUUUUGAGGACCUAUUUAAGGAGUUCUGAAGUCACCGUCUUAAUAAUUCUUUCAGUGUCAGGGUUUGUGAUAGGACAACUGGCUCACAGUUCUGUUAAGGUGUACCAAAUUGUCUACCCUCUUCUAAGAACACCAAGUUUUUCACUUUAUUGUUAUUUUGCACCUAUAAUUAUAUUUAUGGCUGCUUUGGAUGUGGACUUUUAUAUCCUCAAGAAUGUAUUUUGGCAGGUCUUGUUAACAGGAUUAAUUAGCUUUGUUGUGUCAUUCAUCAUAAUUGGAUACGUGGUUCUGAAAUUCAAUAGAGAUUUAUGGGAUUUGCAGACUUCCCUACUCUUUAGCAUGACCCUUGGCAUGACAGACCCUAUUCAUUCUGUGAAUUCACUGAAAACUAUUGGUAUUUCCAAAAUGUAUACUGAUGUCAUAAGAGGAGAAUCAAUGAUCAUUUGUGGCUUCACAUCCAUUUGCUUUGGAGUAUUUCGGAGCAACAGUCUCCACGUGGCUGUAUUUACGGAGUUACAUAUAAUCUUGAGCCUCUGCUUGGACAUCUUGGGAAGCAUAAUAUGUGGAUAUUCGUGUGCAAGGAUCAUUGAGUUUAUACUGACUGACCUCUUUAGCAACAUACUUACCAGUGUCAUUCUUUGCAUUUCAAUGGUGUACAUGACUUUCUACAUUGGCCACACGGUAGAGCAAGUUCCAUCUGGGAAAGACCUCAGAUAUCAAGAGCUUAAUUACUCCUCCUGUCACCUCCCGUUACCUAAAAUUGCUACUUCCUCUGUAGUGGAAUUUUUGGGAAUGUCAGGAAUGGUUGCGUUAGUCACUGUAGGACUGAAUUUAGACUCCUUAAGUUUUAAACCGAGGAUUGAGUUAAUAAUUACUAAGUUCCUAAUAAUGUUUUCAGCUGUAUUCCAACAAUUAUUAUAUACUUUCUUUGGUAUUGUAAUCGGAUGUGGAGAAACCAAGUAUUUAAAAUUUCACACUGUGGUUUUCUUGUUCAUCUUAUUUGCAACAGUAAAUUUUGUAAGGUUGCUUACUGUUGUGUUAGUGAGCCCCAUUCUGAUGCAUACAAAUUACGAAUAUAAUUGGAAAUGGGGAAUUGUUAUAGCAUGGUCUGGAAUUAAAGGAGUUUUUAGCUUACUCCUGGCUCCUGAUAUUCAUAAUCUGGCUGAAAAAAAAAUGGAGUCACCACAAUUGUUUAUAUUGUAUGUACAGGUAAUAUCACUAUUGACUAUGGGAAUAAAUUCGUACAUGAUGACUCAUUCAGCCAGGACAUUAGGUUUGUGUGCUAUUUCCCUCCCAAGGCAAAUGGCCAUGCAAAAUGCCAUUAAGCACAUUCAAGAGAUAAUACAGAACACAAUCACACUAUUCAAAACAGAAAAAAUUUUGACAAAUGUUAAUUGGACCUUAGUAGAAGAAAAAACAAAGAUUGAAUACAACUUUCCUUCUGAUCCUUAUUAUGUUUCACCUGAUAACAAAUAGGAGGAGGAGUCCCCAACAGAAGAAGUUUUAAUAGAAGAAGCCAGAUUGCAUGUCGCUAUAAUCCAAAUGAGCAGCUUUGAAAAACAGUGUUAUGAUGGAAUCCUCAGUGUAGAGGCGGCCCGCAUAUUAAUUGGUGCAAGCAAAAGCUAUUGCCCCAUCCAAGGAAAAUUCAUGAGUAUUUAUGAUGUUUCAACUUAUGUAAGAGCUAGAAGCUGGCUUAUGAAGUUUAAAAACAUGUUAACUGUCUUGGAAUAUCAUAAAGAUAAGGCACCUCUUUUUCUAUAUGGGAAUAAUACAUUUCUGCUUUUUGUACAUCACACAGUAUUUUCAGAAGAAUUUGAAUAUGCGGGACAUGUUAUAACAGUAAUGUACAUUUAUCCUAUGAUAAUACAUCUGUGGCCAAUGGCAAGAGAGUUAAAUGUGUCAGCACUUUUAUCAGUAAACUACUAUUAUGUAUUUUUAUACAUAUUUCGAUCAGCACUGAAGAUAAUCAUUUUGAAAAGGAAGUAUUUUGAUCAAUAUUGGAAUACUUUGGACUUUCUUAUCAUGCUUCUUGGAAUCGUUGACCUCUUUUGUUUAUACUUUGUCAAACUGAGACCAGACAACUUCGUUCUUAUUCAGAUUACAGUAAUACUGGGAUAUUUCAGAAUAAUUAGGUUUAUUCCUUUCGUCAAGAUAAUAAUCCCACUACUGAUAAAUAUCGUAGAUGUGCAGAUUAAAAAGCGUCUCCGCUUGAUGUAUGGCAUUACGAAAGGUUAUGUCAAAAGCCAAGAGGAUACCAAGUUUUUAAUAAAACAUAUUUCCAGCCAAGAAUCAAUAUACCAGAAAUUAUAUGAAAUUUUGGAAACCAACAAACGAGAUGCUGUCAAAGAACUAGGACUCAUCGAGCAUGAGGGUCGCGAUGUUGUCAUUGCUUUGAAGACCAGGCAGGCAAUCCGGAGUGUGAUUGCUAAAGCUCUGAAAAACCUCACCUUCCUGUGGUCAAGAGGCAUUAUUGAUAAACAUGAGGGCAUCGAGAUGAAUAAGGUACUCCUUGCAAAAAUAAAAGCACUGAAUAACUUUCCAAUGGCAAUCCCACCGCCUACUCCUGACAAAUAUCUUCAUAAUAUUGUUUGGUUGGAAAAUAAGGAUGUUCUCAUUGAGUUCUUCAAGGAGAGAGCCAAACUUGCUUAUUUUGACUACGGAGAUGUCAUUUGUAGAGAAGGUGAAAUGCCACAAGGAAUCUACUUAGUUAUUUCCGGAAUGGCAAUUUUGCAUAGUUUACCUCCUACCUUCGGAAUAGACAGUAGCCUAAGGUCUGAUAGAGGGUCCAAAACCAUGUUCACAGAAUACUGUACCAGUGGGGACGUAAUUGGAGAGCUGAGCUGUCUGCUUAAGCGUGAAAUUGAAUACACCGUCAUCUGUGAAACUAUUUUACAGGCUUGCUUUAUCUCCCUGGAGGAUUUGUAUGAAGGUUUUGAUGUCUUCUGGCCAUCCUUGGAAUAUAAAAUAUGGCUAAAGCUUGCACUCGGUAUUGCCUGUCAGUAUUUUGAAUCAAGUCUCACUGAUGAGGACUUGGACUUUCAGAAGUGUGUGGCUUUCAAUCUGGCAUACGUGGAGACUUUAUCCAGCUAUAAUGAAAUGACUAUUGAUAAUGUGACCAUGAAAUUCGUCAUUAUUGUGUACGGCAGUGUCAUUGAUACUAAGACAGAGGUACCAUAUCUUGCACCUUGCAUUUUGCCUAAAACCUGUGAGCAGGUUCAGGGAACUUCCGAUUUAAGUAAGCUGCUGGUUGUGCAAGCGUUCGAUCCUGCCAAAAAUACCGACUCCAAAGUCAUGGUCAACACUGGUCUUCGAAUGACCCACAGAGAAUAUAAUUGGAAGAGAAAAAACGAGGAAAGAGGUUUCCAGUUAUCCUGGAAUCGGUCACAAAGUUAA